AUGGCAAAAAGAGCAGGCACUAUCCCAUUUAUAGAUGAUAAGGUAAUUUUAGUUGACUCUUUAAAAAAUAAAAACAAUAUAGUUCUCCCCAAAGGGCACAUUAAAAACGGAGAGAGUGCACAAGAUGCUGCUUUAAGGGAAACACUUGAAGAGGCAGGCCUAAUAGGAAUAUUAGAUACUACAAAUGUUUAUGUCUUAAAAAAUGUUGUUUAUUGGAAAAUGAAUGUAACAAAAUUUCCAGAUAAAUAUGACGAGAUGAACAAACGUCGUCGACAUUUUUACACUUAUGAAGAAGUUGAGCAGUCACCACUAAUAAAAAAAAGUCUUAAAAAAAUUAUAUUGGAGGCUAUGAAAAAUAAAUAA